UCGGCGCAGGAAGCAGCCGCCCCGCCCGGCCGACUUCAAGCUGCAGGUCAUCAUCAUCGGCUCGCGCGGCGUCGGCAAGACCAGCCUCAUGGAGCGCUUCACCGACGACACCUUCUGCGAGGCCUGCAAGUCCACCGUGGGUGUUGAUUUUAAAAUCAAAACAGUAGAGCUAAGAGGAAAGAAAAUUAGAUUACAAAUCUGGGACACAGCAGGUCAGGAGAGAUUCAACAGCAUUACCUCAGCUUAUUACAGAAGUGCCAAGGGAAUCAUAUUGGUAUAUGAUAUCACCAAGAAGGAGACGUUUGAUGAUUUACCAAAAUGGAUGAAAAUGAUUGAUAAGUAUGCCUCAGAAGAUGCAGAGCUUCUAUUAGUUGGAAAUAAAUUGGACUGUGAAGUUGAUCGAGAAAUUACUCGACAGCAGGGAGAAAAAUUUGCACAGCAAAUAACUGGGAUGCGGUUCUGUGAAGCAAGUGCCAAGGAUAAUUUUAAUGUGGAUGAAAUAUUUCUGAAACUUGUUGAUGAUAUCCUGAAAAAGAUGCCCCUGGAUAUCAUAAGGAAUGAGCUGUCAAACAGUAUCCUGUCCCUGCAGCCAGAGCCAGAAAUCCCACCAGAACUGCCUCCUCCAAGGCCACAUGUCCGUUGCUGUUGACUUGUUGCUUCAUACAGAGUGAAAAAAAAUGAGUGGGAGGGGAAAGAAAGUGUCUGUACUUCUCUGCACUACAAUCAUUUGGCAGUUUCGUGUUGCACUUUGUGUUCAAGUCAGAGCUGCACACUAACUUGUAUAUAUGCAAAUAUGAAAUCCUGCAUAGGAUUCAGCUAUAACAGUAAAAUAUUGCCUGUCUCCCUCAAAAUGGUAUUUCAUUCAUUGCCCCAGUGUUUAUAAAUAUUGUACAGUCUACAGGCAGCCACCACACUCCCAGUCUAAGAGGAGGAGAAAUUAAAUAUAUACUUAUUCUUGAUUGUAAAUGUUGUAAUAGUCCUCGUUGUUAUAAAUAGGCAGGCAGAAGCUCUUCUGGUAUGAAGAUAAGUAUAUUAUGGUGCUUUGCUAACUAUUUUAAGAUGACUUUUUUUUUUCUUAAAACAGAAGACUUCCAUGUACAAAGCUUCCAUAAGCAGCAUUUAUGUUUCUUUUCAAUAUGGUCAACAAUUUUCCUUUUUUUCGUUUUUCUUUUUGCUGUAGCAUCUGCAGCUGACUGGAUUUACAGCAAAUCAAAGAGUAAUUUCCAGCACUCAUUAUUUAUUAUGUUUAAUGUUGAGCCGUUGCUUUGUGUUCAAAGACAUUACAUUUGGUGCGGUUCUAAAGGUGCAUUCUCAACUUGCAUAUACAAGUUCCUGCUUAAGCAUAACUAGGUUGCAGAGUCGGUAAAUAUUCAGUAAAAGUAGAGAUGUAUCUGAACUGUAAAAGAAGGUUUUAAAAGCAAUGCUGCUGUCCUAGACAAAUUCUUUUUAAAAAAUUUAAGAGCAUUUUUCCUGUGUUGAGGGAUAUAUAUAUGUGUAUUUGUCUGGACACCUCAGUGGGAGGGAUGGGUUGAUGGUAAAACUUUUCUUUUCUAAUGGUGGAAACUAUUCCAGUCAAGCAUAUAUUGUGAGGUUUUUGUCUGGUUAUGAAUUGGUGAAUUAUAUCUUUGAUAUAUCUUUUAUUAAAAUGCACUGUUUAGUUUAGUUGUGGUAAAUCAGUAAUUACAUAUUUGAAUAACUCAGUGUUCUGAAUGUUGUGGUAUUGAAAAACUUUGUGGUCUUUCUAAACUAAUGAAAUGCAAAUAAAAUUUUGUAUUUAUGAAUGCCAGUGGAGCUGCACCUGUUUUUAGAAUGGCAAAUACAAGUGGUGGAUAAAAGGUAAUAUCAUUGUUGUUAAAAAAAAAAAAAAUCUUUAUUUCCUUGAGAUCUAGUUCCCAUUUUUUAGAGAGGAAGCACAAGACACACUAAGAGUUUGCUUUAACUACUGCACUCUUUGGAUGAUCUAGCUUAACUGGUAUCCUGUGAUGGCAUGUGACUGUCAUGAUGUCUUGGCAGGCAGUAGCAAAGUUUUUAAUGACCCACGGGGAUACAUAUACAAACCAGUCUUGCAAAAUAUAGCUUCUCUUCUUUGGUAUCUGAAACUGUCUCACCACCUUUGCCUUUGUUUCAGCCUAAAGACUUACACUGAUCAGUAAGGUAAACUACUGGCUUCUGCAACUUAUUGUCUGUCUUCUGGAAGGAACUAGAAAUUCAAAAUUGGUCGUAAUUUUUACUCCCCCAAUGGGUCUUAGCCCAAUGGAUCAGAUAUACCAUUGUGCACAUAGUGCUGUCUAGGGGAUAUCUCUUUGGCAUACUCAGCUUCAACUAAUAAAUUAAGGAAGCUUGGUUAA